AUGGCGUGUCGCGUGCUUCAAUUCGGCCUUUUGGCGACUUUGUUUUUCCUAACGCAACACGAAACGAUAGCUGCCGAUGAAACCACUCCUCAGUAUUGGUACGACCGUAGUCAGGUGGAGUUAGACGCCGCCCUGGUUGAGUCGCAAGGCUUCAACACCAACAGAGCCGAGGGAAUGAUCUUAUUCAUUGGGGACGGCAUGAGCGUGUCCACCGUGACCGGGGUCAGAAUCUGGAAAGGACAGAAGGCUGGUAACACCGGAGAAGAGUCUAAACUCGUUUACGACGACUUCCCUCAUUUCGGAUACUCCAAGACGUACAAUACCGACUCCCAAGUUCCCGACUCCGCCGGGACUGCCACAGCUUACCUCACCGGAGUCAAAACGAAGCGCCGUGUCUUGGGCUUGGACGCCGGUAUCCAGGUCAAGAACUGCAAUUCGAUAUCUGGCCACGAAGUGGACUCCAUUUUGGCCAUGGUCAAGAAAAAUGGGCUACCGGUGGGUAUCGUCACGACAACCCGCAUCACCCACGCCUCGCCUGGGGGAGCCUACGCCCACGUACCACACCGAAGCUGGGAGGAUGACUCUGAGUUGCCUCAGGAAGCGGUGGACAACGGCUGCAAAGACAUCGCCAAGCAGCUCGUGAAAGACCACGACAUCGAUGUGAUCCUGGGAGGGGGAAGGCGUAGGUUCUUGAUGAAGUCACAGCAAGAUGAGACAGGUUGGGCGGGCGCGCGGAGCGACGAGGACCUGAUCGCGGCUUGGAAGGCCAAGUACGCAAACAAAGCCAGCGCCGAGUACAUCACGACCAGGGAUCAGUUACUCACCAUCGAUCCAGAUGACACGGAAUAUCUCCUCGGUCUAUUCGGUUAUGCAGAACUGAACUUCGACAUCUCCAGAACAGCCAAGGAGCCUACGCUGGCUGAGAUGACGGAGAUGGCCAUUCGUAUUCUCCAGAAAAAGAGCACAGACGGAAGAUACUUCCUCUUCGUUGAAGGUGGUAGGGUCGAUCAUGGUCACCACUACGACCAAGCCAAGUUUGCCAUCACAGACGGACUGGCUCUGGAGGCGGCCAUAGCCAAGGCCAAGGAACUCACGACUCCAAACACCCUCAUAGCUCUCUCCUCGGAUCACAGCCAUACGCUGAGUUUUGCUGGCUACCCGAAAAGGGGGAAUCCCAUCUUUGGUAAAAUAUUCUCCGACUCCUACAAUUUGCCGUAUACAACACUCAGCUACUAUUCAGGCAGGACGGCCUUGUUAGAUGUGGCGCUGUCUUUCAGGUUCAAUGGACAUCGGCCGGAUGUUACUAACGUCGAUACAGAGAAAAAGUCUUACGCCCAGCAGGCACUCGUUGGUACCUAUUCGGCUACGCACAGCGGAGAGGACGUGGCUAUCUUCGCCACCGGGCCGUGGUCUCACCUCUUCCACUCCGUCCACGAGCAGAACUACAUCCCGCACGUCAUGAUGUUCGCCGGCUGCGUUGGAGACUACUAUGACACCUGCCGAGAUUCGCCCCUCAUCAGCGGAAGUUUGACGGCCGAGGAUGCAGCAGUGCCGGCCAGGUUUCGUUAUGCGGCAAAGCCUAAAAGCUUCACCCUAGUGUAGUAUCCCCAUGGGUCGGGGCUGUCUGGGCUGUCCCUCCCUGGGGUAACCAUUAUCAAAUCCCUACUUGUCUUGAAUCAAAGCGACUGUAAAUAUAAUUAUAUCACAAUGUCUUUCAUCCAUUAUUCACCCCUGCAGGUUAAGUGCAUAGGCCUAUUGGUGGCGCUCAUUUUGGCAUGACUGCUGAGAUCAGUAAGUGUAGAAAUUGUGAGGCCUUCAAACACCAUAGCUUCUGACGUCAGACAUACUUGUUCACAGAAUCUUGGGGUGAUACAGGGCGGAUACUGGAGGAACACGCGGAAAGUGUCCAGUCAUGUUCUCCUGGAAACCACUAUAAUCAUGAUACUUCCCUGUACACUCUAAAAACAUUCUGACUACAAAUUUAACGUUUCUGAGUCAAGGGAGCGAACCCCUACUCAGUAAACUCACAGGCACUGUAACAAAGAGAUUACGUUUAAAAGCACUGUUUGAUCUACUGGUUUAAGAAAAAUGCAACCGCUGACUUUGUAGACUUUUAAAUCUCUUAAAUUAAAGCCGCACAUUUUGCGCCAGGGAGAUGCACCGAGAGCGUCUGUUGUGACAUGUGGGCACAAUAAUGAGAUGGCAUAGCAAAAUUUAAGAGAAAAGGGAAUUGAGUUGGCAUGAACCUGACUAAAGUAAAUUAAGAUUGCAGGCAACCUCACUUGCAGUAAGAUUUAAUAUACGAAAUACAGAAUACGGCAUUGUUGUUUCAAACUGAGAAAUGAAAAAUAUCUUUGAUAUUUGUUGUACAAACGGUCUCAUUCCCCGAAUCCCCGUCAACAAUGAGGGGGGUUGCAGUAACCGGGUAAUUAGUAGCUUAAAUUGAAAUGUACAACAGUAUUUUCACUUUCCCCCAUUUUAUUUCACAUUUCAAGAAAUAUUACAUUCGAAAUCUACACAAAUAUGUAGAACAAACGAGGGUUGAAUUCCCCCAUAUUUUUCCACAUUUAGAGCUGGUCCAUACUGCAUGCAGGCGAAUGCAAAAGCGAAGUGAAUUUAAGGCCAUGACAAAUGUUCUGCAAUAUUUUGCUUGACAAAUUCGAUUUCGUUUCGCUUUUGCAUGAAGUAUUAAACCAGCCUUUACUCUGUACAAAAAUCGGCAUUAGAAAAUAAAUCACAUUUUAAUUAGGUUGAGAUACCUUAUAGUGCGUUAGAUUUGAGGUGGAAGCAACGAUAAAUGGCGUAUUAAAGUUAUGGUUACUAGUUAUUGAACAAGUGUAAAAA